AGGUACUCUUCAUCUUCGCUGGCUUCUCGGCACGGAACCAGAUUCAUCCCUCUCGUCAUUAUCAUUGGCAUGAACUCCAAACCAAAACCCCAACUCUCUGGAUAAAAUUGUAACGAAAGUUGAUUGGGACUUUUUCUUCUACUUAAAGAAGUAGUGAACACUGAACACUGAACUGAAUUUGAAUCGGAUCUCGGAGAAUUCAUUCUUCGUCGGUGGUUAAGAUAUGGAAGCGUCGUUUUUCCGUUUUCUGAAAAUUGUCGGAGUUGGAUACAAAGCGAGAUCGGAAGCUCAAGGUCGGUUAUUGUAUUUGAAACUUGGAUACAGUCACGAGGUUGAAUUGGCGGUGCCGCCGGCGGUGCGCGUGUUCUGUUUCAAGAACAAUGUGGUUUGCUGCACCGGAAUUGACAAGCAGAGGGUGCACCAGUUUGCUGCCACAGUGCGCAAUUGCAAGCCUCCUGAAGUUUACAAAGGGAAAGGUAUAAUGUACAUUGAUGAAGUCAUCAAGAAGAAGCAAGGAAAGAAAUCUAAAUGAUGUGCUACACGAAGAAUUAACCAAAUAUUUCUGUAUUGAUUUCGAAGUUGAUUUGGCUUAACAAUACAUAUGAUCCAUUUUGUAUCAGAUAGAGAUAAGUGUUAAAUAAUCCCUUUUCAUUUGCCUUA